AUGGGGCGCAGGUUCCUCCGACCUGGAACCCCUAACGCCGCUCACUCCACCACGCGGACAACUAGCCAGACCCGAGGCUGCGUGUUCUCUCCGCCGCCCUGGCCCCGCAGCGCCCCCCUCUGUCCUCCGACGGCCUUGCACCGGACAUUCGGAGCGCACCGGCUUCGCCCCAGCCUCGCCGCGACCCCGGGGCGCUCGCCGGACCGCCCUCCCCCCCCCCCCCCCCCCCCCAGCCCCAGGCCUCGUCGCCUCCAGGCCGGGCGGCACUUCGUCGCCCUCUCUCCGGCCGGCCGGCGGGGCCGGGGGCCGCAGCGCCGCGAGCAUCUUGCAGAACAAAGACUCGGGUCUAGACGGGGCAGCGCCGCCGCCGCCGCCGCCGCCUCCCCCGGCUCCGGCUCCGGCGCGGCCGACCCCGACCCAACCAUCCCCAAACCCACCGGAGCGACGGGGUUGCGGCUCCACGCGCGCUCCCAAACCCAGCGGGGCCCCAGGAGACCACUGAGCCCGGAGGCCCGCGGUGGGGACGUCGCUAUUCAAAGCUCCCCCCGCCCCUCCGACACCAAACCCACCCUCCGAGGCCCCACUGCAUUUUUAUGUUUUAUUAUUGUUUUCCAAGCAGCCAGAGUCGUCUUUUUCACAUUGGGAAGGGGGCCUCGUGGUGCCCACGUUGGCAGCAGUUGCUAUGGGUUACCAGGGCGGUUGCCAUGGGUUACCGGACCGAGGCCGGCUGGCUCGCUACCUGCCACCCAGUCGCCGCCGCAGCCGCCGCCGGCGGAGCGCCCGGGCGGGAGGAGGCGGGAGCGCGCGUGUGCGGGACGCGGCGCGGGGGAGUGUGCGCGGGCCGCCGAGGCGCCGCAGCCAACGGGCGGCCGAGGGUGCAGCGGCGGGAGCGCCACCGCCAGUGGGGUGGGGGCAAAGCUAUAAAGAAGACCCAGAGAAGUCUUUGGAAUUUUGGAGAAAGAGAAAAUGAUCAUUACCAGAGUUGGCGCAGCUGAAAUAAAUGACUGUCCAAGGCAGUGUUCGUAACAAUGAUCCAGAAAAGUUUCCAACAAGAGUGAACAGCAAUUGUGUCUGACUUAAAGGGACAAUGGUGACUCGUUUGUGAGAUGCAUACGGCAAAGAACAGAGUCAAAAUCCUUAGAUUCCUGCGGGGCUGUGUUCAUUUUACAUCCGUGUGAACUGCUGUCAUCGCUACUAUGUCCGAGCCCAGAGGAUGAACUGGAAAAGAAGAGAGGGGGAAAAUAAUAAAAAGAGGAAAUUGGUUUUCACAACACACUCAAAGCCUGAGUAACAGAGGAGAACUUUAAUUAUCUCCAGUCACAAAGAGAGACAGGAAAUUUGGACUUUUAAUUAGCCAUUUGGAGUGCAGUUGGAUAUUUUUUUAGCUAGAUAAUUUAAACGCGAAUAAUUCAAGUCUGACUAAAUGAAAGUCACAUAAUCAGAAUGCAGAUAAUUGAAUUUCUACUGCGUUCAUUAAUUCAGUGUGGAGGUGUGUGUGAAGACUACUAUGAUGAGCUGUCACAGCUCAAUAAAAUCUCAGUCAAUUAAUUUUUUCAUUAUCUUAGUAUUACAUCAACAAAACAGUGAGGGAAACGUCUGUUCAUCAAGGCAAACUUGUGAAUUGCGUCUUCUACCGAGUACUUCGUCUGCCCGGAGACGCAGGCCUCAAUGUCUUCCGAAUUCAAAUGGCUCUGCAGGAAGAGGUGAAGGCAGCUGUCCGAGAGCAGAAGCGCGUUCUGUAGGACCCUGGGCAAAAGAAACAAGGAGACAUCCUCGGUGAACAGGGGUGGACAGUUCGAGGGUAGGAGAGAGGAGAGACGUUAGAAAUGUGCCACCACAAUAAUUUCUCUACUAUGUCAAACUUUGCAUCGAUUACAGACUCUGCCUAUUAAAAGGAUGAAAGCAUAUGUUAACUUUUAUUCAAUUAUUUGGAAAUUUAGGUGAGUAAAACCACGAAGCUAAUAGUUAACAACAUCUGUUAAAAGAAUAACUUCAAGGACGUUUCUUCAAUUUAACCAUCUGUUAUGACCGUGUGGAUUAAUUACGGAAAGAUUCUGCUGAUAGUCCUAGAAAUUUAGUCUACUUAAAAAAAUUUUUUUACUGCCAACCAGCAUGUCUGUUCUGUGAUCUUUAUUGGCUAGGCUGUCAUCAAACAUCAAAACUUUCCACUGCCAUUAAAAAUUAUAUUAAAAAGUCAA